AUGGAGGGAUUCGACGAGGAAGAGUUUAAGAAGUUUUUCCCCAGCGGCUUUGGGAAACAGACGAAAGAAGCCGACAUUAAGACCCAGAUUGAUCGAACGAAGCGAAAGGAGCCUAUCGAAACACCCGGCGCGCGAACAGCAGAAAAGCCGGCAAGCCCUUCGCAGGAAGCCGCCGAAGAUAAAGAUGGCGGAGAUUCGGACUCAGACUCAGACUCAGAUUCAGACUCAGAUUCACCAGAGGAUGAAUUCCCAGUUUCCCAUAACCUCGUCUUUAAAACGCACGAUCGAGCUGUGACGACGAUAACACUCGACACCGCCGGAGCGCGAAUGAUCACGGGUUCGACUGACUGCACAGUUAAAUUCCAUGACUUUGCAUCAUUAACACCUUCAACAUUACGGGCGUUCAAGUCGGUCGAACCAAAUGCAAGGAAAAACGCAACCUCUUCAUCCGAGAUACAUCCUGUUCACAUUGCGAAGUUCAACCCCAUUUCCCCCAGCCAGGUCCUAGUGGUAUCGGCCACGCCGCAAGCAAAGAUUCUGAGCCGAGAUGGCGAUACUCUUGCGGAGUUUGUGAAGGGAGACAUGUAUUUGAGGGACAUGAAGAACACGAAGGGCCAUAUAUCUGAAGUUACCAGCGGGACCUGGAGUCCAACGGACUAUAACUUGUGCGUCACUGCCGGCACUGACAGCACACUACGUAUCUGGGAUGUCAAUGAUCCUAGAAGCCAGAAGGAAGUCAUUGUGCAUAGAUCAAAAGUGGCUGGGUCUGCAGGUAGGAGUAGGAUGACAGCGGUUGCCUGGGCAUCGCCUACGCAGGGAGGACCAAAUGCUCUGAUAGCAAGCGCUCUUGAUGGCAGCCUUGUUAUGUGGGGAGGAGAUGGACCUUUUACCAGACCGAGUGCCGAGAUCAAAGAUGCACAUACGAAGGAUUCAUGGAUCAGUGGGUUGGAUAUCAGCCCAGAUGGACGGCUGGUGGUCACCAAGGGAGGAGACGACCUGAUUAAGCUGUGGGAUACCAGGAAAUUCAAACAGCCGAUAACGACUGUCUCACACGUAUCUGGAUCAAAGUUUUACCCGACUUCUAAUAUCCAAUUUUCUCCAACUGGAGCGAACAUCGUGACGGGUUCUGAGACCGGACAUCUACAUAUACUGAAUCCUGCUACCCUCAAACCCGAGCUGGUUACUCUUGUGACCCCCGACUCACCCCUGAUUUCCGUCUUAUGGCAUGAAAAGCUCAAUCAAAUCGUCACUGGAUCUGCUAACGCGGAAACGCAUUUGCUAUAUAACCCGUCCCUCUCGCAUAAUGGAGCUCUCACGAUAAUGUCCAAGGCACCAAAGCGACGACAUGUCGACGACGAUCCAAACUUUACAACUGACAUCUCUCUCGGUUUCUCGGGCGAGGGCAUUGUUAACGGCAGCGGAAUCGCAGCAGCUAGCUUUGCAGCUAGGCACCCCAAUGUUGGACUCACAGCUUCAGGGCGAUCGAGAGAUCCUUGCCGGCCUCACGUACCGGCCCAGACGCCCUUUGCCAAAAGCCAGCCUGACGAGAAACACAUCCAGGACAACAUACCUCUCAGUUCGAUGAGAGAUGAGGAUCCUCGCGAGGCACUUCUAAAGUAUGCCGAAGCCGCCGAGAAGAAUCCUAUAUUCACCUAUGCAUGGAAAGACACCCAGCCCAAGACUAUCUACGCCGAGCUGAGUGACGACGAGGAGGAAACCAAGGGGAAAGGCCCUGACAAGAAGAGGAUAAAACGGAAUUAUUAG